AUGGAGGAGGUAUUUUUAUUGGCUCUUCUAUUUAAAGAGGAAGAAAAGCGCCAAAGAAAAAAGCAAGCAAGAUUUUGGAUUUUGGAGCGAUUUUUAGAGUACUUCUGUAUGUCAUCUGGAAAGUACAAUGAGCUACUAGAGAUUAUUCAUGAAGACAUUCAGUUGCAAAAUAUAAGAUUUAGACACUGCAUACUACCUGUAGAAAGGCUGGCCGUUUGUCUAAGAUCGAGUAUGAGUGUACGGUAUAUCGUCCCGAUGUUGAUAUCCCGCGCCCAAUUCUGCAAGCUCAGCACUGGCCCUGGCCAAAUGACAUCAUCGCUUACGCUGCUCACUCAGCGUCGGUCUAAGCCGGAACCCCAAAAGUUGAUAACAUUCGGCCUUUCCUGACACCUGGAGUGUCCCUACUCCAGCACUGAACCUACAUAAGAAAAGCUAUUAGUAGUGGGCGUAACGACUAUUGUUUAUUUGUGUUAUAAAUAUCAGUACUUGUUUUGUGUUAUCAUGACUACCUAGUUACUUAAGAGCUACAUUAGUAGUUUUUUUUAUUAUAACUACUAUAAAGUAGCGGUGGGAUACCACCAAAAUAAGUGUUUUCUUUUAAUUUUUUUUUUUGACUGGUGUCGGUGGCGACCAAAAUAAAGAGGCGGUUGCGGAAACAUGGCAGGCUUACGGAUGAAAACGUUGAUACUGGAGAUUGCAGCGAGGAGCCUCCGGUCCGAGUGGUGCGCACUUUAGAGAGAGCAAAAUAAUUUGAGUUUGGUCGUUGAAGGCGAGUCAGGUACCCCAACAACCGAUAUUGAUUUGCAUUCUCUUUUAAAUGAGGCAAGGGCAGAAGUCGAGGCGCUAAGAAGCCAACUUGUAGGUACACAAAGAUGACCGAUUGAUACCUGAAUUUGAUCCCUUAUAGUAGGGGAGCCCAAGAGGGGAUUUUGGGAGUUACUCAAGCACAGCAGAUUAACAUAUCUAAGUCCUCUAUAUAAGGCCGCGCGUGUAGGGCAGCCAAUCAGAAUAGUAAAAAAAAAUCGAUAGUUGGAAAUACUCGAGCGCGUCAGAUUAAGAUAUGAUGGGUUAAUUACAUGCUGAAAAGUGUGCAUUUCAAUAAUCUGAUGAUUUGAGCGUGACGUAAGGCAGUCGGAAGGUCACAAAGUUGCAAAAAAACGUCACCUCGGCAUUCUCGAGCGCGGUCGAUUUUUUUUUAUUUUGAAGGACAUAAUUCAAGGAUAACGGGAAAAAUAUCUGCCGAUUUCCACAAGCCGAAGUAACAAAAAUCGUUAAUAAAGUUUAGCGGGUGCAGCUGCAUGGAAAUACAUGUUGUUUUGAAACUCCGUCAGGAAACUCCGGGAGGUGAUUCUGUGGA